AUGGAUGUUGUUUCCCUUACUAUGGAAAAUAAAGACCUAGAAGCAGAAAAAAAACUUCUUGAAGUAACUCAAAUGUUGAGUUUCCUUAAAACUAUUAAAACCGAGAUGAAUGAUGACACGGCAUUUGAGACAGAAUUUAAAACUAAACAAGAUGCUAUUAAAGCCAUUCUAAAAGAUGAAAAAAAAACCGGUGUUACUUUAGAAAAUAUUGAAGAAUGGUUUGUAGAAUAUACUAAACAUUUUGAAUUGUUGGAGGGUGAAAAAACUGAUCGAGCAGAAAUUGGAAAAGCGAUUGCUAAACCCAAUGAUUACAAGGAUAAAGGCGAUUCUAAACUUGAUGAAGCAGCGUUGACUAACUU